AUGUCUUCAUUUAAAUUAGCCACCGAUUUACCCGCUUGGAAAGAAUUGGAACAACUUUACAAGAAAGAAGGUGAAAAAUACGAUGUCAGAGCAGCAUUCGCCAAAGACCCAAAAAGAUUUGAAGAGUUUUCUCGUAUCUUUACAAACUAUGAUGAUUCAAAGAUUCUUUUUGACUUUUCCAAAAACUUGAUCAAUAAGGAAAUUCUUGACAAAUUGAUCCAAUUGGCCAAGGAAGCGGGAGUUGAAAAAUUGAGAGAUGAAAUGUUUGCAGGUGAUCACAUCAACACUACUGAGGACAGGGCUGUUUACCACGUUGCUUUGAGAAAUGUCAAGAAGCACAAGAUGCCAGUUGACGGUAAGGACACUACUCAAGAAGUCUGGGAUGUCUUGAACCACAUGAAGGAGUUCUCCAACCAAGUUAGAGACGGAGAGUGGAAAGGUUACACUGGGAAAGCCAUUACUGAUGUUGUCAACAUUGGUAUCGGAGGUUCCGACCUUGGACCAGUCAUGGUCACUGAAGCCUUGAAGUACUACAGUAAGCCAGGUUUGAAUGCUCACUUUGUGUCAAACAUUGAUGGAACUGAUAUUGCCGAAGUGUUGAAAAAGGUCAAUGCAGAAACUACCUUGUUUUUGAUUGCAUCCAAGACAUUCACCACUGCUGAAACCAUCACCAAUGCCACCACUGCAAAGAACUGGUUUUUGGAGCACGCCAAGGAUACCAAGUACAUUGCUCAACAUUUUGCCGCCUUGUCAACCAAUGAAAAAGAAGUUAUCAAGUUUGGAAUUGAUCCUAAGAAUAUGUUUGGUUUUGAGAGUUGGGUUGGUGGUCGUUACUCUGUAUGGUCGGCCAUUGGUUUGUCCGUUGCCAUUUACAUUGGUUUCGACAAUUUUGAAAAGUUUUUGGCUGGUGCCGAAGCUGUUGAUGAGCAUUUCUUAAAGACUCCUUUGGAAAACAACAUCCCCGUUAUUGGUGGUUUGAUCUCUGUGUGGUACAACAAUUUCUUCAAUGCGCAAACCCACUUGGUUGUUCCUUAUGAUCAAUACUUGCACAGAUUCCCAGCUUACUUGCAACAAUUGUCUAUGGAAUCAAAUGGUAAGUCGGUAACCAGAGCCAAUGUAUUCACCAACUACCAAACUGGUACAAUUUUGUUUGGUGAACCAGCCACCAAUGCUCAACACUCCUUUUUCCAAUUGGUCCACCAAGGUACUAAAUUGAUCCCUGCUGAUUUCAUUUUGGCUGCUCAAUCACACAACCCUAUUGAACACAACAAGCACCAAAAGAUGUUGGCGUCAAACUUUUUCGCUCAAUCAGAAGCUUUGUUGAAGGGAAAGAGCGAAGAGCAAGUUAAAGCUGAAGGAACUACUGGAGGUUUGGUCCCACAUAAGGAAUUCAGCGGUAACAGGCCAACCACCUCCAUCUUGGCCCAAAAGAUUACCCCAGCCGCAUUGGGUGCAUUGAUUGCUUACUACGAGCAUGUCACUUUCACCGAAGGUGCCAUUUGGAACAUCAACUCAUUCGACCAAUGGGGUGUUGAAUUGGGUAAAGUUUUGGCCAAGGUUAUUGGUACUGAGUUGGAGGAUAAGAAGUCUAUUAACUCACAUGACCCAUCCACCAAUGGAUUGAUCAACACCUUCAAGCAAUGGGAGUAG